UUGACCGCUCUAGCCGCACGGUGCCAUUCUUUUAUCUGACCGGUGCUGUGAGAGGUUCUCCCGACUCUCUGAUACUGCUGCCUGCCGUCUCGUAGAUAGAAACCUUCGUCAACAUGGGACCCAAGCGUGAUGCCGAGCUGGAGAAACAGGCCCUGGACUGGGUGGAGGCCAACCUCGGUGAGCCCAUCGAUAGGAAGAAGCCUUAUGAUGAUGUACUUAAAGACGGAAUCAUCCUCUGCAAAAUGAUGAACAAACUGAACCCCGGGUGCAUCAAGAAGAUCGACACAAAGGGAGGUGGCUUUGCCCUGAUGCAGAACAUCGAGAGGUUUUCCAACGCUGCUACCAAGUUCGGUGUUCCUCCAAAUGAAGUGUUCCAGACAGUUGACCUCUGGGAGAAGAAGAACAUUCCCCAGGUCACGCUCUGUAUCCAUGCGCUCGGGAGAAUUUGCCAAACGAAACCUGAUUACACCGGCCCAACUCUCGGACCCAAGAUGGCGGAAGAGAAUAAACGAGAGUUCACCGAGGCACAGUUACUCGAGGCCAAGAACAUCGUGAGCCUCCAGUAUGGCAGCAACCAGGGAGCCUCCCAGGCCGGCAUGAACAUUGGCAAGAUGAGGAACAUUAACGACUAGAUGGACAAUGCAAUAACACUUCAUUUAUUAUAUAAACCUGAAAGGCAGGUGAUUACAGAUAGAUAAGUAAUAGUUUAAAAGUCACAGAAAUAUUUAGCCCGAAAACUGAUAGUUUUUGCGAAUCUAUUCAUUAACUGGACAUGUUUUACUUUUGACUUUUCUUGAACGUAUUUAUAAGUAGGUAUUACUUAAAGGGGUCUGGGCUCGGGCUAAUUGGCAGAUGUUGCCACUUUGAUCUAAAUUCCAAAAAACCAUUUGUGUCUGGUCGGUCAAAUUGUUAUAAUGUAUAUUAAUCGAACAGUUCGCGAUUGCCCUUAUUUCUCAGGUUCUAUGUCACAGUUUCAAGUAACUCUAAUAACAUCUGGCAUAGGGAAAGUGAGCAUAGUCCCCUUUCAACAUUUUCCUCUGUGAGCAUCUGCCUUCUUGUGUAUCAAGUGGCCUUAUGGUACACUAUGUAUGACUAGGUGAUUAAUGUGUACGCUUGUGAGUGUAUGGGUGUAGUUAUAUACAGGUAGACCUGUCACAUAUUUAUAGGCGUAGUAUACACAGGGCCAUGUCAUCUAAGCAUGCCAAAAACAUGAUUUGUCACCUUAAAGGGGGUCUUUGAACAUCGUUUACGAACAUGGUCUGGCGCAUUACGAACUGAUUUCACCGCGAGACGACAUACCUAAUAUCUUAGUUUGUUGUUUAUUGGAAGUAGCCGAAGAAUGGACUGGAUUGUGUUGCAUUAAACUGAAAAGUUCUGUGUAGCAUAACUCGAAGUGCCCCUUUAAGACUUUGUCAGCUUUCCACGUUUGCUGUGUAUAUAUAUAUACAUAUUCUCUUUAGCUUUGUGUGGUGUCUGGUAUCAGUUCUUACUUUCAAAUAUCAACUACUUUAUUGUUCUGCUUUGUCCAAGUUCUUAUUCUUAUGUUUCACGUGAAGUUCACAUAUCGAGCUUGCAGACAAUUUCUUUGUUUCGAAGGUCUGUAAGGACGAAUUAUUGUUUGUCCAGCAACCAUAUUAAAUGUUCUGUUAACUAGUUGUACAGAUAGCAUUAUGUAUGAAAUUUUCGUUUAAUUAUUAUGUCAUCAGAAUAGUGUUUUGUAAUUUAUUGCAUUUUUUUCAAACAUUCGAAAAUUGAAAUAUUUUCUUCGAUUAAACUUGAAUAUCACUA